GAGACAUUGGAGCUACAAGUCAUUUCCCUCCUUUCCUUCCUCUUAGAGUUGUAUCUAUUUCAUCAAGGAAGGAAGGAAGGAGGGUCUAAGGAAAAAGAAGGUGGAAAUGAAGAUGGGUGACAACGCUGCUCAAAAGGGUCAGAAUUUUACCCACAACCACGCCUUCGAUCUUUCUAUGAACGUUGCUCCACAGGCAGGCUCCAAAUGCUUCGAUGAUGAUGGCCGUCUCAAACGAACUGGGAGUGUUUGGACAGCAAGUGCUCACAUAAUAACAGCUGUAAUUGGUUCUGGAGUGUUGUCCCUUGCUUGGGCUACUGCUCAGUUGGGUUGGGUUGCUGGUCCUACUGUGAUGUUUCUCUUCUCUUUUGUCACUUACUACACCUCCACUCUGCUUGCUGCAUGUUACCGUACCGGCGACCCUGUCACCGGCAAGAGAAACUAUACAUAUAUGGAUGCUGUUCAAUCCAAUCUUGGUGGUUUUAAGGUUAAGAUUUGUGGGGCGAUUCAGUACUUGAAUCUUUUUGGAGUGGCUAUUGGGUACACUAUUGCAGCUUCUAUAAGCAUGAUGGCAAUUAAGAGGUCUAAUUGCUUCCAUGAGAGCGGAGGGAAAAAUCCUUGUUACAUCUCAAGCAAUCCGUACAUGAUCAUGUUCGGUGUUGCAGAAAUCAUUUUCUCUCAAAUUCCAGACUUUGAUCAAAUAUGGUGGCUUUCAAUUGUUGCUGCAGGCAUGUCCUUCACUUACUCCACUAUUGGUUUAGCCCUUGGAAUAGGCAAAGUUGCAGAAACAGGGAAAUUCCGGGGAAGUCUCACCGGAAUAAGCAUUGGCACGGUGACUCAAACCCAAAAGAUAUGGAGGAGCUUCCAAGCACUCGGCGACAUAGCUUUUGCCUAUUCCUACUCCCUCAUCCUCAUAGAAAUUCAGGACACCAUCAAGUCCCCGCCGUCGGAAUCCAAGACAAUGAAGAGGGCGACAAUGAUAAGUGUUGCAGUGACGACCCUUUUCUACAUGCUCUGUGGGUGCAUGGGCUAUGCUGCUUUCGGAGACCUAGCCCCCGGAAACCUCCUCACCGGAUUCGGCUUCUACAACCCUUACUGGCUUCUUGACAUAGCCAACGCCGCCAUAGUGAUCCACCUUGUUGGUGCAUACCAAGUUUACUGCCAACCACUCUUCGCCUUCGUGGAAAAAAAUGCAAAACACAGGUUCCCACAGAGCGACUUCAUCAACAAAGACAUCGAAAUCCCAAUCCCGGGGGGAUUCAAGCCCUACAGGCUCAACCUCUUCAGAUUGGUCUGGAGAACCAUAUUUGUGAUCAUUACCACCAUCAUUUCAAUGCUCAUGCCGUUCUUCAAUGACGUGGUUGGGAUUCUGGGAGCCUUCGGGUUUUGGCCUCUCACGGUUUAUUUUCCGGUGGAGAUGUACAUUGUGCAGAAGAAGAUACCCAAGUGGAGCACCAGAUGGCUCUCCCUCCAAAUUCUGAGUGUUGCUUGCCUCCUGAUCUCGGUGGCCGCCGCCGCCGGAUCUUUCGCCGGAGUUGUUUCUGACCUCAGGGUGUACAAGCCCUUCAAGACCAGUUACUAAUUCAGUAGACACUCACUCUUGUGGCAACUAGUGAAGAAGAAGAAGAAGAAGAAGAAGAGUAGUGAACUUAACAAGCCUGAAGAGGGAUGAUCUGAGUCUUGGUUGCUAAUCCUUGUGUUUUCAAUUUGGUUUUAGUUUCUUGGAACAAGGCAGGUCCAUGUAUGGAUGUAUGUAUGUAUCUAUCUGGUAUUCAAAUAUGAGUCCUCUUAUCCCAACUA